AUGGAAGAUUUAGGAUCUACCCGGUUUGAUGGUAUCAGCAAUGCUGUGAGGAGGAAGAGAAGCCAAACAUCGCGCAGGCCACGGCCUGAUUCGCAGCCUGUUGUUGAUGAUUUGACUCCUUCAUCAACACCUCCUUCAGAUGAUCCUGACAAGCCGUCUAGCGAUGAGAAUGAUGGUUAUGUUAAUACUGGUUCCAAGAGAAAAGAAUUUAAUCUCAACCAUUGUGUUACUCAGCCCUCGCCGGGUAUUGGACGCAGUGGUUUACAUAAUAGACGGAGUAGUGAAGGUGUUCUUGCUCCGGCUAAUUGGAAAGGCUCGAGUAGUAAAUUCAAGGAUGGAUUUGAUUCGGAGUCGAAAAAUGCAGAUGUUUAUGGUGGGAGGAAUCCUGAGGGGAAUAGUUUGGGUCUGUUUGGUGUUUCUCAGGAUGGGUUAGGGAAUGAGAAUAGGGUUAAGAAGGUUAAACUCAAGGUUGGUGGUGUGACGCGUACUAUACAAGCCAACUCUGCUUCUAAUAGUGCUUCUGGAAGUGGAUCAACUUCAAAAAACUCUCGUUUAUCGGAUGCUUCCAGACCACGCCAAAAGCAACAGAGUAAUUCAGACGAUAAUAUUUCCCCGUCUGAUAAGAAGCGCGGCCUCCAAGGCCUUCCGUGGAAGGAUUUCAAAAGGGGUGGUUUUGGUCUCGGGAAAGAGGAAUCUUCGAUGGGGAAGAUAUCCGGAAAGAACACGUCUAGCAAGCAAGCAGAUAAGUCUGAGCCUGUUCGUAAGAGCAAGAGAGUACCCAAAAGACGUGUCCUCGAUGGGGAAUUCGGUGAUGACGACGAUGCUGAUGAUGAGAUUCGGUACUUGGAAAAGUUGAAAAUAUCAAAAGUUUCUGCAGUCUACAGAGAUGAAGAAGAAUUAAGCAAGAAACAUCGAAAACUCUCUAGCGUCUCUAAUAUGGGGAAUGCUGCCUCAACAAGGUCAGGCAAAGAUGGAAAGAAAAGGUCUAGAUCUGAUAAAGUGCUUGAAGAUACAGAUUAUGAGGGUGAAGAGGAGUCAGGGUCUGAUGGCGAGCUUGAGGAUAAGAAAAAGAAAAAGCAGAGGAAAGAAUCUGUUGAUGUACUGAUGGACACUAAGAGGGAAAUGACUCUUACAACGCGUCAACGGGCCCUUCAAUCAAGCAAAGAUACCUCUACAUCUAAUGCGAGUUUAAUUGAGUUUCCCAACGGUUUACCUCCUGCCCCACCUAGAAAGCAAAAAGAGAAGCCUACGGAAGAGGAGCUGCUAUCAAAGAAAACUGAGGCUGCCAAUAGACGUAAAAUGCAAGUUGAGAAGGCUGCUAGGGAAUCUGAGGCUGAAGCUAUCAGAAAAAUACUUGGUCAAGACUCCAGCAGAAAAAAGCGAGAGGAUAAAAUAAAGAAGCGCCAAGAAGAACUGGCACAGGAGAAGGCAGCCAACGCAGAAAAACUUGCAUCAAAUACCAUCAGAUAUGUGAUAAGUCCUACUGGAACAACAUUGACUUUUCCUGAUGAAAUGGGGAUCCCUCCGAUUUUAAACUCCAAGCCCAUCAGUUAUCCUCCACCCCGCGAGAAGUGUGCUGGUCCAUCAUGUAGGAAUCCAUAUAAAUACCGGGAUUCAAAAACCAAGCUUCCUCUUUGCAGUCUCCAAUGUUAUAAAGCUGUUCAGGAAAAGAUUACAGCUGAAACUAUCAGCUAA